AUGGGUAUAGGAUAUAUAUCGGAUCCUCCAAGUUUUAAUCGGAUACUUUGUCGUUUUUGCUUCUUUCUUCUUUCUUUUUCUUUCUCGUUUCCGCUCUCUAUACUCCUAGUGUCGCCACCAAGAGGGUGGACAAAGGACAAAGUCUGCCAGGUUGAGGCCAAGUAUCCUGCUUUGCUUUUUAAGCAGCAGCUGACUGCUUACGUUGAGAAGAUCUAUGGUAUCAUUCGAGAUAAUUCAAAAAAGGACUUGUCAUCACUUCUUUCUUCAUGUAUCCAGACACCAGGAACGACUACAGAAACAAUUCAGGUGCCCAGAACGCCUACAGAAACAUUUCAGGCUCCUGGAACGUCAACAGAAACAAUUCAAGCACCCGGAACGUCAACAGAAAAUUCUUUGCGAUCAUCUGGUAUAUCCUUCGACAGUAGAUAUCCUACCAAUGACUGGAAAAGCAUCAUUGAGAGCCUAAAGGGGACUCUGAGUACUCUGCAAGACAAUUUUGUGCCUCCCGUCCUUGUUCAGAGAAUAUUCACGCAGAUCUUUUCUUAUAUUGACGUCCAGCUUUUUAAUAGCCUUCUCCUUCGUAGAGAGUGCUGCACAUUUAGCAAUGGUGAAUAUGUAAAAGCAGGUUUAGAUGAAUUAGAACUUUGGUGUGGACAUGCAAAAGAAAAGUAUGUGGGCUCAUCUUGGGAUGAAUUAAAACAUGUACGGCAGGCUGUAGGGUUUCUGGUCAUACACCAAAAGUUACGAAUAACCUAUGAAGAUCUUACUUCUGACUUGUGCCCUAUGCUAACAAUUCAACAGCUUUAUAGAAUUUGUACUCUCUACAGGGAUGACAAUUUUAAUACUAGCAGUGUAUCUCCAGACAUAAUCUCUAGCAUGAAGAAUAUCAUGAUGUUGGACUCUCAUGAUGCCGAUAGCAACUCCUUUUUGUUGGAUGAUAACUCAAGCAUCCCUUUCUCGGUCGACGAUAUUAGCAGUUCUCUCCAGGAUUCUGAUUUUACUGGUGUGAAAGCAGCAGCAGAACUACUUAAACGUCCAUCCUUUCAAUUUUUACAGGGAUAAGGCUCUUCUUUUCUCUAGUCGGGUCAAUCCCAUAAUGCAAAUUCACUCCACUAUUUGCUAGAUAGAUUUCUCCAUAAAUAUAUCAUCGACACUGACCCGGAUGUAUUACUCGAUUAGAUUGUAAAAUUCAUAGGUUUAGUCAAAUAGAUAGAACGGACAGAUGAAUAUUUUCGACAUAGUAGUCCUUCCUCUUGGAGCAUUCUUUAUAGCAACUAAUGACUGAAAUAAUCUUUGGGAAGCAGUUGUUUCUAGCCUCCCAAAUUUCAGUUGUAUAAACAAAAAUAUCUUGUCUCAAUAGUAAAAAUGUGAAUGUUUGGGUUA